CGGCGCUCGCCGCGUCCGUCCGGGAGAGAGCGCGCCCAAUCAGAGGAGCCCACGACCCAACCCGGAAGUAGUUGGAGCCUUCGGCGGCGGCGCCGCGAUCGCCGCUUUGGCCUUUGCGGGAACGGGACGGGAGCGGCGGGAGGAGGAGGAGGACAUGGUGUCUCCCGCGGCCUCCGUAGGCCGCCUGGGCUCCGCGCUGCCCUUCCUGCUCGUGCUGUGCGAUCUGCUGUACCAGGGCGCUGAAUGUGGAAUAAAUGCAGAAGUAGAAAAACAGCUUGAAAUGGGAAAGAAGUUAUUGGCUGCUGGACAGCUAGCAGAUGCUUUGUCUCACUUCCAUGCGGCUAUAGAUGGAGACUCUGAUAACUACAUUGCUUAUUACCGAAGAGCCACAGUGUACUUAGCCAUGGGCAAAUCUAAAGCAGCAAUUCGUGAUUUAAGUAAAGUUGUAGAAUUAAAGCAGGACUUCACAUCAGCAAGAUUACAGAGAGGACACUUACUGCUGAAGCAAGGGAAAUUUGAUGAAGCAGAGGAUGACUUUAAAAAUGUGCUCAAAUCCAACCCUAGCAAUAAUGAGGAAAAAGAAGCCCAAACCCAGCUGACAAAAUCUGAUGAGCUACAGCGCCUGCAUUCACAAGCACUAUCUGCCUACCAGCAAGAGGAUUAUGAAGCUGCUAUUUCUCUUCUUGAUGAAAUCUUGGCAGUUUGUGUUUGGGAUGCAGAGCUACGGGAACUUCGAGCUGAGUGUUAUAUAAAGGAAGGGGAACCAAGCAAAGCCAUUAGUGACCUGAAAGCUGCUGCCAAAUUAAAGAAUGAUAAUACUGAAGCCUUCUAUAAAAUCAGCAGAAUAUAUUAUCAGCUGGGGGACCAUGAAUUAUCACUCAGUGAAGUCCGUGAGUGUCUGAAACUGGACCAAGACCAUAAGCAAUGCUUCUCUCUAUAUAAGCAAGUAAAGAAACUCAAUAAGCAGAUUGAGUCUGCAGAGGAAUUCAUCAGAGAAGGCAGGUAUGAAGAUGCCAUCAGUAAAUAUGAUUCUGUAAUGAAAACUGAGCCAGAUGUCCCAGUUUACGCUACUCGUGCCAAAGAAAGGAUCUGCCAUUGUUUAUCAAAGAAUCAGCAGGCUACUGAAGCCAUAAAAGUCUGUACAGAAGUUCUGCAACUGGAACCAACCAAUGUGAAUGCUCUGAAAGACAGAGCAGAAGCUUAUUUGCUGGAAGACCUGUAUGAGGAAGCUAUUAAGGACUAUGAGACUGCUCAAGCCAAUAGUGAAAAUGACCAGCAGAUUCGGGAGGGGCUGGAACGUGCCCAGAAGAUGCUGAAACAAUCACAGAAGAGGGAUUACUAUAAAAUCUUGGGAGUAAAAAGAAAUGCUCGAAAGCAAGAAAUCAUAAAAGCUUACAGAAAGCUGGCAUCCCAGUGGCACCCUGAUAAUUUCCAGAGUGAGGAGGAGAAGAAGAAAGCAGAGAAAAAAUUCAUCGAUAUAGCAGCUGCUAAAGAAGUCCUCACUGACCCAGAAAUGAGGCGGAAGUUUGAUGCAGGAGAGGACCCACUGGAUGCAGAGAGUCAGCAAGGCGGAGGCAACCCUUUCCAUAGGAACUGGAACACGUGGCAAGGAUUCAACCCUUUUGGUUCUGGAGGAGGACCAUUUACAUUCAAAUUUCACUUCAGUUAGAGCCAAGACUGUUUCUGCUGGCUGCUGCUGUUUUAUACUUAAUUCGUUGAAAAAUAAAAAGUCUCUCAGUUCAAGACCCCAAAAUCUUAAUUUCUAAUGUUGUCCUUAACCCAGAGUCUUACUGCACUAGAAGAAAACUCCUUCUUUCUUUUAGGAUUCAGAGGGUUUGUUUUGUGGUGAGCUUGACAAGCUCAUACUGGCGUGGGGGGUGCUACUGCCUAUGUAUUUGUUGUGGAUAUGCAGGACAUGUUUAUUCCUAUGGAUGGAAAAAAAACGUUAAGAGGCUACUUAGGACAACACUUAAACACAAAUUUAGGACUCAAAGUAUAUGCUUAAAGAUAAAAAUGCAUGUAUAUAUUUUUCUGAAUUGGGGCAUAAUAAAUGUGGAAAGGGUAGUGAUGAUAGUCUCUAAGUUAACAAAUCGUUAGUCGUCGUGCUCAGCGGAAUGAUCCAUCUCUCAGUGUUCUUAAAAGGAAACCCUAGUGACCAUGUGCUGUAUUACUAUCAGCAGUGCCAUAGGUAGGGUGAAGAGGCCGCUUUUGGAAGGAGUCUGAACAAUUGCUCUGAAAGAAGAUGGCUUGUAAGUAAUUGUGUUUGAAAAUGUCUUAAUCACUUUCUUCAUUAACCUGAUAUGAAUUGGGAGGGUUUCCUUGGUGAUAAUUGUCAACUAUGAAAGUAAAACAAAAUACACUUGAUGUUUUUUUGAAAGACUUUCUGAGCGUGAUUUGGGAUGUUUAGGUAUCAUUUUUGAAUAGUUCGCACUUUAACAAAAUACCUGCUUGAGGUUUGGGCAAAAAAUGCGAUGUGACGUUUCCCUGACUAUGCAGCAAUUUGUUAUUUCCUCUGUACAUAAACUCAGAACUGAUACAGGUGGUGAGGUGAGCAUGCUGCAGACUGUAGGAAUGCGGUAUUAACUCUAGCCCUUCCCCUGGGAUACAACUUCACCUUUGCUGGGUGAGUUAAUCCAAUGGGAAAUCGUUGGAAGUCAUUUUAUGUAACAGUUGCAGUACUGCAAUACCGGCUGCCUGUGUACAAAAAGGACUAUGUUUCCAUUGGGCCCCACCUCUGACUGAGUGACUUUUUCUAUAUGCAGGUAGCUAAAAUUGGUUUAGUGUAGCGAUCGAACUGUGUGACCACAACAUGAGCUGUAAAUGCUGUGAGCGAGAGGCCUUCUCCGUCUGUAUCUGAGUAUAUCGCAAUAACUGAUGAGUUUCAGAAGCAAUUUUCUUAGAGGGAAGAGUGACAGAUCAUCAGUGUUUUCUUGAUUAGAUUUUGACUGGAAAACAAUAAUCAGUUGAUAGGAAUCUUGUCUCACUUCUGCUCAUAGCAUUGGAAAGCAUAAGCAGCUUCAGUAAAACAUGAAAUUAUCAAAUAAGGCCUUCAGUCUGAAGUGGGGAGUUUAUUACGGUGAGCGAAGUCUGUUGAAGCCUAAAUUGCUUCUUGGCUCAAGUACUUUACAAACGUAAUUUUGACACUGUGUGGCUUGGUAAAAUGUUUUUCAGUUUUUAAGGUCAGUGUUUGUUCAGAAAUUUAUCUUCAAGCUGAAGAGCAUAUGUGGCAAUUUCUAACAGUUGAUGGUAUGAGAAAAGCCCAGCAGCCUGUUUGAACUCCAGUGUCGGAUAUUUUCCAAGUUGAAUGACUUCCCAGAAGUUUGACUUUUGACCUGUCAGAAAGCUUUUUGUUUAAGCUCUGUAGAAGAUUCUCAGGAGGCUGUUGAUGCUGUUCUAGGCUGGCGUGGUUGUCCUCAGAGACAGGAACUCGCAGCACAAGAAAUACCCCAUUCCCCCACCGUAUCAGCCGAUGCAGACGGCUCUCCUCCAUGCAUGUGCUUUUUGCUCACAGCGAGUAGACGAUCGCUCGGCAGCUUUCGCGUACAGCAGCCUCUCCUGGCUGUCACCAGUCCUCUGUCCCCGACCAGGGACCUGGACCCCAGCGCACUUGCUGCACGCUGGCUGCUGCUGGGUGGCUGUCGCCUGUCGUUGCUCUGGAUAAACACUUUUAUAUCGCCUCGUUCACUGCAGAAGGGGCUGUUUUUAAAUUAACAUUGAUCAGGGUAAGCAAUAUGUCACACUUUGCACAAACAGAGUGCGGUCCAGGUAGUCACAGUAAAUAGUGCAGACAGCUGUGUUUGCAGGCUAGGGAGCUCCUGGAAUACAGCAUCUUUUAAAUGACUGCUUUUGUGUAGCGUUUUUAUUCUCAUCCUUCUCUCCUUUUAGAAGCUAUAGCUGAGAAAAUUGUUUCCUGGGUUUUAUUUAUUUGGUUUUUCAAGGGAAAGGAAUAAAUUGAGAGCCCCUCAUAGGUAAAUUAUUCCUCCAAGGCACUCUUAAAGCAGUGCCGGUUGGUUUCUGUAAGGCAAUGAAUGGGCAGUUCUGCUGUACCCUGGCAGCAGGCAGGGGUGAAAAGGAUUGUUUUGGGAAUGAAUGGGAAAGGGAAAAUUGCAUAUUAAAAGAAAAAAAGGCUUGAAUAUACCAGUACCUGAAGGGGCUGCAAGAGACCGGGGGAAGGACUGUUUACAAAGGCUUGUAGUGAUAGGAUGAGGGGCAGUGGGUAUAAACUGGAGAGGGGCAGAUUUAGACUAGACAAAAGGAAGAAUUUCUUCACCAUAAGAGUGGUGAGGGGCUGGAAGAGGUUGACCAGAGAAGUUGCGGCUGCCCCAUUCCUGGAGGUGUUCAAGGCCAGGUUGGGCAGCCUGAUCUAGUGGGAUGUGUCCCUGCCCAUGGCAGGGAGGUUGGAACUGGAUGAUUUUUAAGGUCUCUUCCAAUCCAAACUAUUCUAUGAAUGUAGUCAGAAGGAAGAUGAUGAUUAAAUGCAUGAAUGAUGUUCAUAGAUUCCCUCUGCGAGAGGCAGUGUGUUAAAACAAAAAAUGACAAUGGAGAGCAAGGCUUUCUGAUGCCGCGCAGCUGCUGAUCACAAGAAGUGUUACCACUCCAGCGCUGUUUUUAAGGUUGCAGGUGCUGGCUUUUAGCUCAGAGGAACUUCUGAAAACAGCAAAAGACAGAGUUGUGUUUAAAAGAACAAAGAUCUUUCUGUUUCAAAGAUCUCUGGCUACAGCAAAGCAUUUCCUGAUCGGACUUUAGAAGUGCUGGUGCCACACAGAGUGUUAAUGGGGCAGCGAUGCACAAGGAGGCGGAAUGUGCCCGUUUAUUUAUUUGUGGGUGUCUGUAGUGCAAUAAUGUACAGUAAUUGACCAUUGAAAUAAAUGUCUUUAUUUUAUAAACCCCGGGAUGUGCACGAAGCACUGUUACAGGAAUUGGCCUACAUUUCGAUGUGAAACUUCUCUCUUGCAUUCUCUCAUAGGGUUUAAUGAAACCACUUUCCAACUUGACUUAAAAUGAAAGGGGAGGGGAGCGUAUUUUCCUUGAUAUGUGCUUAAUACUGAUGUGUUAAUAAAUCGGUAUUAAAAAAGAUUAAAAGUGAAUUCUAAACUCAGCUCAAACUUUUGACAUACGCAAAAUAAGUGUGUCAGCUUCAACUUCUUAAAUAAAAAUCAAGCUUGUUCCUGUUUCAGUUUUCAGACCAAGUGUGUGGAAUCAGAAUUAUCCUUCUCUUUCAGGCUGUGAUUUGUAGGAGCUUUGCUGGGAAGGAGCCAGUAUAGCAGCACUGCAGGUUAGUUGUAUUUAAAAGUGCCUUACUGUAAGGUAGCGUUUGUUUGCUCUGUACUACACACUUUUAUCCAUGAAGUAGUAAAAAUAAAUGGGAGAAUAAUUUUCUUUUGCCCUCAGCAAAUCUGAAAGUAGCAGUUUUAUGUCUUGAGAAGGAUAAGUAAAGCUAGCCGGAGAUUUAACAAAUGUUUCAAAUUGUAAAAUGUCUUUAUAUAAAAUCAUGAAUCGAAAAAAGCAAGAACUGUUUUUUUUUCUAGAACUAUGGGAAUUAUUUUAUGGUAUUUUUCACAAUAAAGCUAUUUAUGAUGACA